AUGUCUUACCUCGAAGAAGCAGCUUGCACAACCCCAUCGCAAUCGACCAGAUCGAAAGAUGCCACUAUGCCUUUGGAAAAUCCUACUCGAAGCUCGGAUCCGGAGAUCGAUGCAUCGACUACUCCAUUGUCAUCUGAUUCUUUCAUGAGAUCUACCAAGAGCCGUCCUGUACGACCCACUCUAGUUGGCAUCUCGGAGGAGAUCGUAUUGCAGAGAUUUGUCAAAAUAACUCCAACUAUGAAGGUGAUGGGCAGAGGUAAAGGGUUGGAAGUGACAACCUUCACCCAGUGCGAGGCUUUUCCUCAAAUGGCCAAUACUACACAUCCCUCGCUAGAAUUCGAAAUUGGUAGUUCUGUUUCCUCCAUGGUCUUCCUAUUUGAGCUAACAUGUCAUUAUCUAGAUACUCUUCAAACCAACAAAACACCCAUAAUGUUGUUAACGCGCUCUGCUAGUUUGGGAUCAUUUCCCGCCCAAGGUAGAAAGUCAAAGGUAAAGGCAUAUAAGCCUUCCAGAUCUUUGGGGCUUAAAGAGAGGCGCAAGUUAAAGCAGAUGAUCGAAAAUGAGAAUGAUGAUACCUGUCAAGAUGCAUCAGUCGUACCGCAAUCUUUCGGUGAGACUAACGCAGAAUUCAGGACGGCACCAUCAACACCAAUGAGACGUCUAUCAGUAACUGACAAAUGUGAUAUGGAUGGUUUGUACGACGAUAAGCAUAAGCCUCAAUUCCCCCCUGGUACAACUAUUCAAGACUUUGGUGCUGUGCCCGAUCACCUUCGAGGUCCUUGCUUUGAAGUGAGUCCGAGAAGUAGCUUUUUGGAUGGCCCAACUACUCUCCCAAACAUAAAGAAACUUUUGUCUUUGAGUAUGGAUGAUACCUCCGUGGAAUCAUCGCUCAUGAGACACCUCGAUGGAGUGCCUGAAGUAUCGCCAGAAUUGUCGCUAGAAUUGUCGCCCGAGGUAGCAGAAAAUUGCAUGGGACAAUCGGACGGACCCGCGCCUGUUCCCGCCAUUCUACCAGACGUUCUACCAGAUGCUGUACCUAGCCCAACUGAAGACGACAAGAAGGGAAAGCGUACUCACAAAGCUGUGAAUAAAUUUCGAAAGGGCAUACGAAAAAGCAGAUAUCGCUGUUUGAGAACACCAGUACUUGUGGUAUUGCUAGGCAAAGAGCUUUCAAAACCAACCAAAAUGGCCAUUGAAAAUCUCGCAAGCGGACUUCCUUCAGGACUUGAUAAUGUAACGCCCCUCCCCGCGUGA